UUGUAAGGUUAUGAAAUAAAUUUUUUCCGCAAGUCAUUUAAUAUUGCUUACAUCAGACUUUUGGACGCUGAUCAUUGUCAUAAGUGAAAGAUAAUGGAAACGACUGAAGGAAGACAGUUUGAACAAUCAUUGAGGAUGGUGUUGACAGUGGAUGUGUAUUUGACGAAUGCUUUUGUAAACUUCAUGGAAAAAUAUCUACCAUUGGGGCAGUUGAAAGAGCAUUAUAAAAUGUUAGAGUUAUCAUGUCAUGGUAUACCUUGGCUCGUAACUAUUAUCACAUUUAAUUGGAUCUUAGAUAACAAAAACUUGUCUCAAAUGCAAGUUAACCUUACGAUAGGAUUGCUGCUUGACAUCCUUUUGGUUUGCAUAAUAAAGGUAAUAACAAGAAGAAGACGACCCAGUCUUCAUAACAGUCUAUUUUUUAUAGGUCCUGAUAAAUAUUCUUUUCCAUCUGGACAUGCUUCUCGCGCUGUGUUUAUUACAUAUUUCUUUUUUUACAUAUGGCCUAUCUCAUUAAUAUUUGCAUCACCUUUAUUGGCAUGGUCUGUUUCUGUAUGCUUAUCCCGGUUAUUAAUGAAAAGGCAUCACAUACUUGAUGUGCUUUUUGGAAUAUUUCUGGGUAUCUUAGAAGGAGUAAUAAUGGAAUAUAUUUAUUUAGAACAAGAGACAUGUGUUGACAUAAUAUUAUGGAUUUCCAAAGAUGUGCAAAAAUAAAUAAUAUUUAAACGUGACUAUUUUUUUAGGUUUUAGUGCAAUAUCGCCUUGUAACAUCUCUUGUUUACAUUGAAUUGAUAAUUUUGUGAUUAAUAUUUGUGGAAUCCCACAGAAAAAUCAAAUAUUGUUUUACCAUCUAUUUAAAUAAUAAAAUGUAAAAGAAUGAUGUACAUAUAAAAAGGUAUAUAGAAAAGUAAAUCUUUUGUGUGUGCAAGAUGACUUCAAAA